AUGCUGUGGCGCGGCGGGCGUGGGUUGCUGCUGGGCCUGGCCGCGGCCGCGGCAGCCGCGGCCGCGGCGGCCCGGUGGCUGGGCUGGUGGAGCGGCCGCGCUGGCCUUCGCCUCUUCGUCCCCGAGGAGCUGGCCCGCUACCGCGGGGGCCCCGGGGACCCAGGCCUCUACCUGGCCUUGCUGGGCCGCGUCUACGAUGUGUCCUCCGGCCGGAGGCACUACGAGCCUGGGGCCCACUAUAGCGGCUUCGCAGGCCGAGACGCGUCCAGGGCGUUUGUGACUGGGGACUACUCCGAAGCGGGCCUGGUGGACGACGUAGCUGACUUGUCGUUUUCGGAGGUGCUGACCCUUCAAAAUUGGCUUUCAUUCUACGAGAAGAAUUACAAAUUCGUUGGAAGGGUGACAGGAAGGUUCUAUGGAGAGGAUGGCCUCCCCACCCCCGCACUGAGCCACGUGGAGGCCAUGAUCUCCCGAGGCACAGAGGCAGGCCGGCGGGCGCUGGAGGAGAAGCAGAUGUUCCCACCGUGCAACGCCGAGUGGCGCUCCAGGAGGGGUGGCCGGCUCUGGUGCUCACCGGAGAGUGGAGGUGUAAGCAGAGACUGGGUCGGGGUCCCCCGGAAGCUGUACAAGCCAGGAGCCAAGGAGCCCCACUGUGUGUGCGUGAGAACCACCGGACCCCCCAGCGGCCAGGCACCUGGCCUCCCCGUGUACACAAACCGUGGGGACUUAGACCACCCCGGCUUGGGCGAGUACACAGGCUGCCCACCCCUGGCCAGCAGCUGCUCCUUCCUGCCAUGAGCUGGUGCCCCGGAUGGUGGGGAGCCACAGAGAACCCUGCCUGGGUCUGGACACUGACACUCCCGUGGCUGAGGCCAGAGCGUUCCAACCUGCCCAGUCUCGGUCAGCUUGUGACCCACUCACCGUCCUUCAGAGCCCUCGGACAGGCGUGCGCCCAGAUCUGACCCACUCAAAACUAUCGGGCCUGCCAGGGCCCCAGGGGCACCGGCCAAGGAGGGACAGGGUCACUUCCCUGCACCUCAGAGACGGGCAGACGUGUCCAGAGAAGCCCCGGGUCCCCCCGGCUAAUCCGAGCCCCAACCUUGCCUCCACCCUGAGCCGAGCCACGUCUAGUUGGAGACGUGGGCAAAACGGGGCAGGCGGAUCUGGACGCCCCCGAGCGGGUGUGAAGCAAUGAUGAUCUUUCUCUUAAAACGUUCAGAAUUA